GUCCAUCUCACUUUCAGUCCAGAGGUUUUGUGAGGCAAUCUAGAACCGUUUCUCGGUCCGCGAUGAAGGUCGAAAUUCUGCCGGCCCUGGCCGACAACUACAUGUACCUCGUCAUCGACAGUGAGACGAAGGAAGCAGCCAUAGUGGAUCCAGUUGAGCCCCAGAAGGUGGUAGACGCCGCCAAGAAGCACGGGGUUACGUUGACGACCAUCCUCACCACUCAUCACCACUGGGACCACGCCGGGGGCAAUAAGAAGCUGGUAAAGUUGCUGCCGGAUCUUAAAGUGUGCGGUGGUGACGAUCGGAUCACAGCUCUCAGUCAGCGAGUGACCCACAAGCACACAUUCCAGGUUGGCUGUUUGAAAGUGAAAUGCCUGUUCACCCCCUGCCACACGUCAGGACAUGUCUGCUACUACGUGACCGAAGAGAACAGCAAUGAACCACCAGCUGUAUUCACUGGCGACACGCUGUUUGUUGGCGGAUGCGGAAAAUUCUUCGAAGGGUCAGGAGAGGAGAUGUACCGAGCGCUGAUCGACAUCCUGGGGACACUGCCCCCCGAGACCAGGGUGUACUGCGGGCACGAGUACACCAUCAACAACCUGAAGUUCGCCCUAACCGUUGAGCCGGACAAUGAGGCCAUCAAACAGAAGUUAGCCUGGGCCAAGGAACGCUAUGAUCUCGGGGAACCUACUAUCCCGUCCACCAUCGGAGAGGAGUUCACAUACAACCCCUUCAUGAGAGUCAGAGAGACAUCGGUGCAGAAACACGCUGGACAGAAAGAUGCCGUUAACACCAUGGACGCCAUCAGGAGAGAGAAGGAUGGAUUUAAAGUGCCGAAAGACUAACCUCCGACCCAGCGUUUCACACGGACUCACAAGCAAGCUCCCGACACCCCUGUAGUAACAGCAGAGAACAGCAACGCAAGUAUUCAGUAAUAAACACACAGGUCUAAAAAAACAAAACUCGUUUAGCUUUGCAAAGAGAGUGUGUAGAAAACUCUUAUGUGGGAAUGACUUGUAAGAUUUUCGCUGUGGAUUCGCUGGUGUCUAAUAUGUUGAUUUCCCUCCCUCAAGUCUCCCAAUCGUGGUCUCGGGAUUGUUUGUUGCUAACACUGGGUUUGUACAGAGGAACAGGAGGCGGAGGCCAUUCAGCCCCUCAACCCUGUUCCGCCAUUCUGUUAGAUCGUGGCUGAUCUGUAGCUCAACUCCAAUUAUUUUGGCUAAUUCUUAAUGAUUGUGCAGCCUGCCCCUGUCCCAUUUGGAUUAUUAUUGGUCAAUUUGAUCCGUUCAAAAGAACCCAAAGCCUGGCUAUUUCCCUUUCCACCUGGAGGAAUUAACUAGCGGCAAACACAGGGGAAAGAAAAGAAGGUUUUUGUCCUGAGAGUGACUUACAGGUGAAGCAGCAACAAUAACCACCACAACAAAUUACAGGCUGAUUGUGAAACCUGCGCUUUCUGUCUUGAUGAAAUCCCAAACUUGCUCCCAAACCCGUUUGUUUAUUUCUGAAGUGUUUUGCAGAAAGAGGAAGCACUUUAUGCCGUAAGCACUUUCCAGGCGCUGUGACGAUCUCUAAACGUAGACGGUACUAAAGGUGAACGGGGGAAACUACUGAACACUAACAUUGUGACGAGGAGAGUGUCUGGUGAUGCGGAAUAAAUUGCAUUAGGGCCUCUUAAUAUAAACCAUCUCUGACACCCGUGUAUAUAGCAAUUGGGUGUCAAUCCCCUUUGCAGUGCAGUAUGUCCCGUGAAGGGCUUUGAGAUGUCUAAACGACGUGAUGAGGCGCUAUAUCAAAUGCAAGGAUUAUUAUAAUUAUUAUUAUUAAUAGGCCUGAUGAUGAAUCUGUACCCAGAGACCUGUGCGCUCAGACUUGUUCACAUUUAUUCCAUAACCUGCAUCUAAAACCGACCCGAGAGAAGAGAUUGUUGCUUCCUCACCUCUGUUCCUGAAGUUCCGUGCUGCCCGCCGGCUGUGUUAACGCUGCUGCUUGUUGUACUCCUGUCUCCUGUUAAUUAAUGAUCUUUUAGAGAAAGCGUCUAUUUUUAAGUUAUUUAGAGUAUAUAAUUUGACCAAAUAAAAUGGCUUUUACGGCAUUUACUG